CACGGCCGGCCGUGUGCUCUCUGGGACAAAGCGGACGGUCUGUGCAUUCAGCCGGGGACCCACUGCCCUGCUGGGAGUCGCCCGGACAGGCCAGGGCAGCCCAGCCGCCAGGAGCUCCUCACAGGCAGCUCUCAGACCCAGCGAUGUCUGGGGAGGUUGCUGACCACCGAUCACUCUAUUGAGAAACCAAUGGGUCGAUUUCCAUGGAGAUCAAAGAAUCUGAAGAUCUGGAAAAGCCUCAGAGGGAACCAGUGACUGGUUCGUGGAAAACUGACGGUGAACUGGCCGAGAUGAGGCCCGAGUUGCUCUCAGAAGAAGAGGACCCUGCUCACUCUGACCACGAGGUCCAAGAUGAGGAACCCCGCUGCUACAUUCCAAUUCAGAGAAACUCCAUCUUCAACCGCGCCAUGAGACACAGAAGCAAAGCCAGAGACUUCCGGGAGCGGAACGCCAGCCGCCUGGCAGAUUCACAGGAACACGGAGCCUCUGCAAAGGAGCCCUGGACCUUGAGUUCCACCCAGAGACCCCCUAGGACAUCCACGCAGUCGGGCUCGGGAGUGCUGACGCCAAGCGAGUCGUCGUCCACCCCGGGCAAUGGGACCACGCCCGAGGAGUGCCCGGCCCUGGCCGACAGCCCCACCACGCUCACCGAAGCCCUGCAGAGGAUUCACCCCAUCCCCGCUGACUCCUGGAGAAACCUCAUAGAGCAAAUAGGGCUCCUGUACCAGGAAUACCGGGACAAAUCGACCCUGCAAGAAAUCGAAGCCCGGAGGCAGCGCGAUGCAGAAGUGCAAGGCGCGGCCGACGGGUCCCCGAGCGGGGAGGGCACCGCGGAGGAGGAGGAGGACGAGGACGAGGACGAGGACGAGGAGCCGGCCAGCCCGCCCGAGAGGAGGGCCCUGCCGCAGAUCUGCCUGCUCAGCAACCCCCACUCGAAGUUCAACCUGUGGCAGGACCUGCCCGAGAUCCGCAGCAGCGGCGUGCUGGAGAUCCUGCAGCCAGAGGAGGUCAAAGUGCAGGAGGCCAUGUUCGAGCUGGUCACCUCCGAGGCCUCCUACUACAAGAGCCUGAGCCUGCUGGUGUCCCACUUCAUGGAGAACGAGCGGCUGAAGAAGACCCUGCACCCGUCCGAGGCGCACAUCCUCUUCUCCAACGUGCUGGACGUCAUGGCCGUCAGCGAGCGGUUCCUCCUGGAGCUGGAGCGCCGCAUGGAGGAGAACAUCGUGCUGUCAGACGUGUGCGACAUCGUGUACCGCUACGCCGCCGACCCCUUCUCCGUCUACAUCACCUACGUCAGCAACCAGACCUACCAGGAGAGGACCUACAAGCAGCUGCUCCAGGAGAAGGCCGCGUUUCGGGAGCUGAUAGCUCAGCUGGAGCUCGACCCCAAGUGCAAGGGGCUGCCCUUCGCCUCCUUCCUCAUCCUGCCCUUCCAGAGGAUCACGCGCCUCAAGCUGCUGGUCCAGAACAUCCUGAAGAGGGUGGAGGAGCGGUCGGAGCGGGAAGGCACUGCCCUGGCGGCCCACCGCGAGCUAGAGAUGGUGGUGAAGGCGUGCAACGAGGGGGUCAGGAAGAUGAGCCGCACGGAGCAGAUGAUCAGCAUCCAGAAGAAGAUGGAGUUCAAGAUCAAGUCCGUGCCCAUCAUCUCGCACUCCCGCUGGCUGCUGAAGCAGGGAGAGCUGCAGCAGAUGUCCGGCCCCAAGACCUCGCGCACGCUGCGGACCAAGAAGCUCUUCCAGGAAAUUUACCUCUUCCUCUUCAAUGACCUGCUGGUCAUCUGUAGGCAGAUCCCGGGAGACAAGUACCAAGUGUUUGACUCGGCGCCGCGGGGCCUGCUCCGCGUGGAGGAGCUGGAGGACCAGGGCCAGACGCUGGCCAAUGUGUUCAUCCUGCGGCUGCUGGAGAACGCAGACGACCGCGAGGCCACCUACAUGCUGAAGGCGUCCUCCCAGAGCGAGAUGAGGCGCUGGAUGACGUCCCUGGCCCCGAACCGGAGGACCAAGUUCGUCUCCUUCACCUCCCGGCUGCUGGACUGCCCCCAGGUCCAGUGCGUGCACCCGUACGUGGCCCAGCAGCCAGACGAGCUGACGCUGGAACUCGCUGACAUCCUGAACGUCCUGGACAAGACAGAGGACGGGUGGAUCUUUGGUGAGCGGCUGCACGACCAGGAGAGAGGCUGGUUCCCCAGCUCCACGACCGAGGAGAUCCUGAACCCCAAGAUCCGGUCCCAGAACCUCAAGGAGUGUUUCCGCGUCCACAAGACGGAAGACCCUCAGCGCAGCCAGAAUAAGGACCGCAGGAAGUUGGGCAGCCGGAAUCGGCAAUGACCCUGGGCCCCGGGCACCAGCCUGGCCGGGAGGGCGCUGCGGCCGGCGCCCCACCCCCACCUGCACCCCAGGCAGCAGGAUGGAACCUGGGCUGAGUGCCCAGGAGCACGGGGACCCAAGGACUGGUCUCACACCACCUCUGCUGGCGGGAAGAGGGGCUGGGUGUGCCCCCGGGGCCACCCCGGCUGUCCCUGGCAGGGGCAGGUGCAAAGGGAGAGUGGCCUGGUCCCCUGCACGUGUCCGUCUCCACCUGGGAAGCCUGCAGAAUCUCCCAGGCACGCAGAUGCCCCCUUGCCUGAUGCGGCUGUGGAGCGGCCCUGGGUCUCCUGCUCGCCGAACUGGGACCGCACGCCCACCCCGCCCUGCUCCACCACGGGCCUCUGCCGCUCCCCGAGGGGCCCCACGCUCUUCUGGCCCCUUAGAGAGCCCAGGCGUUUUACGGAAUGACUUGGUCACUGUAUCCUGUAUUGGUUAGGGCUCUGAGAAAAGCAGAUACCAUUUUUGGCUGCAUUAAAAGCAUCACCAUGUAUAAAAUAAAGCC